AAAAUAACCUCAUUUUAUUUUUUUACCUAAGAUUUGAAAAAUGUAAUUUAAUACUUUUGAAUUAUACAUGGUGUACCCUUUUUCACUUCGAUAUUCCAUAUAGUAGAGCUUUCAAAACAUUUACGUUAAAGUCUAGUUUCGAAAAUGUUAAUUUGUCAACUCUUAAUGCUUGUAAAGGACUGUAACGCAUUUAAUAUUUUAUUUUUGAAAAGUAGACAUAAUUCGCACAAAUACAAAUCAUGUUUUAAGAAAUAUAGUCCGUUUUAAAAUUUAAGGAACUAUAGUAUUUAUCCUCUAUUAAUAUUUCUAACCAAUCAAAUUUUCAUAGUUCUUACUAUGUAGAAUCUAUUCCAAAGCUUAUGAUUCCGAAGACACCCUAUAUUCAGUAUCGCCUAUAGUCAAAAUGUGGAAGCUUCAUCAAAAAUAGGACAAGAAUAUGAGUCAAUUAUUUAAAUAAUCCAUUUAUGCUAACAAUAUUAAAUUAUAUUCAUAAUCAUUCUGCUUAUUUGUAUAAAAUGUUUCAAUUACGAAUUAAAAUUUCGAUAAAAGUCGAUUUAAAUCGAUAGUACUAUUAUCGAUUAUCCUCCAUCAUUGGUGUUCUAGUCGGAGGAAGCGUCUAACGCUUGACAGUUGGUUAUUGAAAAUGUUUGUUUAUAAUGUGAAAUGUUUUUAUGAAUGACACUAACUAAAUAUUUUGUAAAAAUAACUAAAUUUUGUUUCGUAUAUUAUUUUGUACGCAUCUCAUAAAUAGUCUGUGCGUAAAGUAAUAACUGUAGAUAAUUUCUCCUCUUUUAUAGGUUAAGAUCACGUUUCUAACCUUACUGUUCAUAUACUAAACGAAUUAUAUAGUUUUAUUUUCCGUUUAUUUUAUUAUAAAUAAUUCUUCACAAUGUCAGAUGACGAGGAUUUGGUUUAUGUAAAAAAGCAGAAAACUGUUCAUUAUGGAUCACUCGAAGAAGCAGAACGCGCAAGAUUGGCGGCAGCAGCAGAAUCGUCAGAAGAAGAGAAAGAUUCUACAAAUUUGGGAGACAGCAUCAAUGCUACCAUUACUUUGGCAAAUAUACAUAUAUCUAAUGAAUAUAUGGAACUUGAAGAUGAAAUGUCUAAAAAUAGACAAGCGUUGUUGGAAGAGUUUGAACGUAAAAAGAAAGCACGUCAAAUUAAUGUUUCUACAGAUGAUUCUGAAGUGAAAAAGAAUUUAAGACAAUUGGGUGAACCUAUCUGCUUGUUUGGAGAGGGACCUGCUGACAGAAGAACAAGAUUAAGAGAGUUACUGGCUAACUUAGGUGAAGAUGCGAUUAAGAAAAAGCACGAAGAAGAUGAAAAACCUUUGCAUGCAACUGAACGAGAUACCGAAACAACAUGGUAUCAUGAGGGCCCAGAAUCUCUUCAAAUAGCUCGUUCAUGGAUUGCUGCAUAUUCAUUACCUAGAGCAAAAGCUAGAUUGGAUAAAGCAAGACAAGAUUUGGAAUUACCAACAGCUACUCGUACAGCACGUCGUCAAGAGCUUCUGAAGAAAUUACAAGCCCUCACAAUUUACUGUUCUCAGAUUGGUGAUACCAGGCCAAUUUCGUUCUGUCAAUUUAGUCCAAAUUCUAAAAUGCUGGCAACAGCUUCUUGGUCUGGCUUAUGCAAAUUAUGGUCUGUACCUGACUGUACUCUGUUAAGAACACUUAAAGGUCAUACUUGUAAUGUUGGCUGCAUUGUUUUUCAUCCAAAAGCUACUAUUACUGAAGAGGUGGUAGGGAAUAAAGCAGGACAGACUUGUGUAUUGGCAUCCUGUGCUUCUGACGGUUCAGUAAAAUUAUGGAGUGGUGGAUCAGGUGAAGAGCCUUUAGCCGAAGUCGAAGGUCAUGAACCACACAGAGUAUCUAGAUUAGCAUUCCAUCCUUCUGGUAGAUUUCUUGGAACAUGCUGUUACGAUGCUUCUUGGAGGCUUUGGGAUUUGGAGCAGCAGGCAGAAGUUUUGCACCAAGAGGGCCAUGCUAGGGCUGUGCAUUGUAUCAGUUUUCAGUGUGACGGUAGCGUAAGCGCUACCGGUGGACACGAUUCUUUCGGUAGAGUGUGGGAUCUUCGAACUGGAAGAUGCAUUAUGUUUAUGGAGGGUCAUUUAAAGUCUAUUUUUGGUAUCGAUUUCUCUCCUAAUGGGUUUCACAUAGCGACUGCAAGCGAAGAUAACACUUGUAAAAUAUGGGAUUUACGAAAGAGAUCUUGCGUGUACACGAUACCCGCGCAUACGAAUUUAUUAUCGGACGUGAAAUAUCAGAGGAUAGAAGGACAAUAUUUGGUCACAGCGUCGUACGACAACACUGCCAAGAUAUGGUCGAAUAAGACCUGGCAACCUCUGAAGACUUUGCCGGGCCAUGACGGUAAAGUGAUGUCUGUUGAUAUUUCACCCGAUCACAGAUUUAUCGGGACUACCUCGUACGAUAGAACAUUUAAGUUAUGGGCGCCGGAAAAUGCAUAAAAAGACUUCUAUAAAAAGAAAGUGUAAUCGAAGUGAGAUAUCUUUACAGAAAUCUGUUUGACAAUUCUAUUUCUGAUGCUGUACACGCGGAAAAACUUCACCUUUGUAAAAUAGAAGAAACAAUAAACAUUUAUUCUUUAUCGUCUA